ACGCUACGACAUAGUGUGUAAAUAGCAAAACGUACUUCUCACGGCAAAUAAAAUAAAAAAAUUACACAUUUCGUAAAAACUUUAGUUUUGUAUUUCGAUUUUAUAUUAGCCAAUAAAACGUACGAUAAUUCGUAAUGUAUAAACCGGCCUUAUUAGUGGUUAUAGGGAAAAAGAACACAAGAACUUUUUCUGAUUACUGAUUUGGAUUUGUAGAUGUAACAAAUACUAAAAAGCCAAAACAGUUAAUUACCGUUUUUCCGGAAGCUGAACAAAGUAAAGACAUUUUAAUUGAGGAGCCUGAAAAUGAAAACAUUGAAAGCUACACAUUUCAGGAAUCAGAACAUGAAACAGGAGAUGAUCACGAACAUUUUUCAGACCGCAUAAGCUCUAACUCUAAGACUCAACUUAAUAGUGAUUCGAUGGAUAACUUAGCUGAUCAGUUAAUAGUGCCUAAUUUCUCAUACGUGAAUCAAAAUCAAAAGUUCUUCAUGAAUCCUUCGGACAAAAAUUCCGAAAAUGACUUCAUCCAAGAACAGAGCGAGAAGGCAUCAUCACAAGUGGAGAAUAUUUCUUUGAAUUUUAACGUGAACGAAGAAGAAUUUGAUAAAACAAAGCCUUCCACAAGCCAAAAUAGUCAAGAAGACUUUGACAAUAAUGUGUCAGAUGAAGUAGACCACAAUAAUUGGUUUGAAUGCACUGGCAGUUUUGCUUCAUUAUUAGAUCAUUUAACUAAUGCUAAGAAUUUAUUAACUAAUAUCCAAACUGAUUGUAAUAUAGAUGAAUAUAUUACCAUUAUCCAGAUUUUGGAUAUUACUAAUACCAUUAAAGAAAAAUGUGAAUUAACACGAGUGUCGUGUGAAUCUUAUGUUUCCGUUUUAGAGAAGAAGCGUAGCAUUUACGAAGUAGAUAAACAUGUUGGAGAUAAUAUGAUGAUUCUACAUGACCCCGGCAUAAGACAAGAAAUUAAAACAGACAAAGAGCGAGACUUUCUCAUUGCAUUAGGACCCCACCAACCUAAUUUAAGAAUGUUUCCCAGCGAUGGUAAAAAUCGCUUCAAUUCUGGAUGGUAUAAAGAGUAUCCUUUCUUAGAAUAUAGCACAGCCAAGGAUGCUGCUUUUUGCUUUGUUUGUUUUUUAUUUCCCACUGGCGUAGGAAGGGAGAAAUCCGAGUUAGCUUGGAGUAAGAAUGGAGUCUCAUCAUGGGGAAAAAUGAAGAGCUCUGGAUCAAAAAAAUUAGGGAAGUUACAGCAACAUUUCAGUUCCGUCUCACAUAAACAAGCCUUGCGGGAUUAUGGUAAUUUUACUAAUAAAGCAAACAACAUUGAUAUUUUAAUUAACAAGGAACAAAGAGUUAGGAAAAUUGAAGAAGAACGCAUUCUUUGUCAAAAUACAGAAGUUGUCAGUAUUUUGUUUGAUGUGGCUAAAACAUUGGGUCGACAAGGAUUAGCAUUUCGAGGAAACGACGAAAAUGAUGGAAAUUUUGUUCAAAUUGUGCAGCUGCUUUCCCGUCACAAUCCAAUUCUUGGAAAAUGGCUAGCAGACAGAAAAUUGCGUCCUUACCAUGUAAGUUACAUGGGUGCCUCUUCUCAAAAUGAGUUUAUCGAAAUACUGGGUAAAGAAAUACAAAAAGAAGUUGUCUCGGAAGUAAUAAAAUGCCCGUUUUAUGCAGUGAUGGCGGAUCAUACUCCUGAUAUUUCAAACAAAGAAAUGCUAUCAAUUGUAGUUCGUUCAGUUGAUGAAAAUGGUUUACCAAGGGAAAGACUACUGUCUGUUAUGGAAUCAAAAAAUAAAACUGGGGAAGCCACCGCACAAGAUAUUCUGGAUACAUUCAUAAAGCAAAACAUUGCGCCAGCCAAUUUAGCCUUUCAAUCCUAUGACUGUGCUGCCUCAAUGUCUGGUAAAUUUAAAGGUGCGCAAAAAAAGCUGUCCGAGUUGGUGGGUCACAAUAUUUCUUACAUUCCAUGUCAAGCCCAUAGAACAAAUACAGCUUUGGAACAUAGUUGUCACGCUUCAUUUAUAGUGGCGGAAAUGUUUAACACGUUGGAGGAGCUAUACGUUUUUUUCAAUUCGAGCACCAAACGAUUUUUUGCAAUGAAAGAAAAAUUAGCUGAAGUGGAAAAUUCGAUUUUAAUAAGAAACUUAUCCAAAACAAGGUGGACCGCUCGGGCAGAAACGCUAAAAGCUAUUAGCAUAUCAUACGAGGAAAUACUUCAACUAUUAGAAGAUAUUUCAAAUGCUAAUGAUUAUUCAAUAGACAAUAAAAGCAAAUCCAAAGCAUUGGGUUUAUAUAAAAGAAUGUUGUGUUUCGAUUUUAUAGUAUGUUUAAUGUUCUUAAAAAAUAUAUUUUAUAAAAUGAAAAUAAUCACAGAAAUUCUGGAACAGGAUGAUCUGAAUAUCAUUGAUGCCGUAAAUAUGAUUUCUUUAACAUGUACUUCGUUACGAAAUAUUCGGAAUAGUGAAGAGGAUGUAAAUAAUUUAAUCGAAAGUGCCAUACAAUUUGCAGUAAAAUUAAAUGUUGAUCCGGAAACUGAUUUCCGAAAACAUCAUAGGAGGCGUCUUGUUCCAAAAAAAAUUGAUACAAAUAGGGAUAGCUCUGUUAAUAUUCCAUAUAAGCAGUUUUAUAGAAAAGAAUUUUAUCUUGUUCUGGAUACUUUAAUUAAGUUUUUAGAUGAAAAUUUGUCAGUUGUGCUUCAAAAUGUCUCACCAUUGACAAACUUAUUUUCUUUUCCUUUAAACAAAAAAAACAUAAUUUUAACACAAAUAGAACAGGCUAUCUUACUAUUUCCACCCAGUCACAAAAUUGAUGAAUUAGCUUUACAAGCGGAGUUAGAAAUAUUGUUUGAACUAUGUAGCAAGUCAGAAAAAGUUGUUAAGUCCAUGCAGGAUGUGAUGACAAUUGCUUCCCAAAAUAAACAGAUUUUUCCUAUAGCAUUUAAGUUUUGUAGAUUUAUACUAACAGCUGGAUAUUCGGUAGCAACUAAUGAAAGAAAGUUUAGUCUGCUUAAAUUUAUAAAAAAUGCCAGCCGUUCAAAAAUGAAUAACGAACGGCUAGACCUAAUCAUGGCUAUGAAAAGUGAAAGAGACAUUUUAGAUCGUUUAAAUAUUAAGAAUUUAGUAGCCCAAUGGGCAAAAUUAAAACAAAGAAGACUUAAGGUCAUAAGUAAUUUGUAAAUACUAGUUAAUAUAAGUUGUAAGUUUUGAAUAAGUUUACAGUGAAAGAACCGCACUAUAACCAGUAUACUUAUUUGUUAGA